CUGGACAAAUGGUUCGUCCUCGUACUUAGAGGCCAGCUGGAGAAGCGAGGACCUUUAAACGACAAGGAACACAGCAGACCGUCCGGACUUAAUCCAACGCGUUGGAUUAAGUCUCCCUUAACGGAGACCUUAGUAAGCCCGAGCCCACCCUCCCACCAUGCCUCUGAACGACGAGUGCUCCUCCCCCUCCUCUGUCAGCGCAGAGGACCCGUCUAGCCGGAACGAUGGCUCGCAGGGCCGCAGCCACAGCCUCACGUCGGCCAGCGACACGGACUGCUCCCGGGAGAGCUUCACCAGCGACUCCUCCAGCAAGACCAGCUCUCCCUCCUCCAGCCCCCCCAAGAACAUCACCCUGGAUGACAUGAUGUCAUCGGGCAAGGACCUCUCCAACCUCACCCUGGCCCACGAGAUCAUCGUCAACCGGGACUUCCACGUGGAGCCUCCGAAGCUGGCCCAGAACAGUCUGGAGAAGCUGGUGAGAGACACGGUCCACCGGGCAUACUGGGACGUCCUGGCGUCUGAGCUCGACGCCCAGCCACCCGUAUAUGGGCACGCCAUCAAACUGCUGGAGGAGAUCAAGGAGAUUCUACUCUCCUUCCUGAACCCGGGGGCCAAUCGGAUGCGGACCCAGAUCUCGGAGGUGCUGGACAUGGAGCUGAUUGGCCAGCAGGCGGCCAGCGACACGGUGGACAUCCAGGGCCUGGCCUCCUACAUCAUCUCCACCAUGGGCAAAUUGUGCGCUCCGGUCCGAGACGAGGAAGUGAAGGGGCUGCAGGAGGCCCGCGGCAACGUGGUCACUCUGUUUAAGGAGAUGUUCCGAGUGCUGGACCUCAUGAAGAUGGACGUCAUCAACUUCACCAUCCAGGGCCUGAGGCCGGAGCUCCAGCGGCAGUCCGUGGAGUAUGAGAGGGCAAAGUUCCAGAGUAUUCUGGAGAAAACGCCCAGUGCCCUGGACCACACCACCUCCUGGAUCAGGGGGGCCCUGGAGGAGCUGCUGGGGGUCAUGAGCCCCCCCGGCCAGAGCUCCGGACCGGGGAAGGGCCAGAGAGCACUGCCUGGACCCUUCCUGGUCAUGGACACGGCCUUCCUCCGCAUCCUCUCAUGGGACCCCGCCACCCUGUUCCCAGAGACCCUGAUGACGGAUGAGGGCCGGCUGCUGGCCAUCCAGAAGGAGCUACGUCAGCUGGAGGUGGUGGCCCAGGUGCUGCUCAUCGUCUACAGUGCCAUGGGCGGAGCAAUACAGGGCCUCCCCUCAUUGGCCGAGAGACUCAAGAGAAUGACUUGCGUCCUGCUGGAGGGGAUGCACAGCCCGGACUUCGCCCUGGAGGAGGCCCUCCGGGGGGUCAGUGCCCAGCUCUGCGUAGAGCUGAGCCGCUCGCUGACGGAGCGGGGGUACCCGGCCCUGUCCCCCGCCCUGCAGGCCACCCUCACCGGACAGGUCCUCAGCGUGGUCCAGGAGGGGAACCCCAUCCGCAGCCUCGUCGAGGAGCGUGUGAGGCAGUACUUCCUGUCCCUCCUCUCGGCGCCGGCGCCCCAGUCGUGUCUGGCCACGGUCCCGGCCGGUCUCACCUCUGUGCGGCCCGAGCUGGCCUCUCUGGCCGGCCGCUUCAUGGCGCUGGUGGACUUCAACCGCCGGGUCUACGGCCCCUUCUACUCCCGGAUCCUGAAGAAGCUGAUGUUCGACGACAUGCCGCCGCAGCCCCCCUCGUCGGCACCGCCCACUGUGGCUGCUCCCACUAAGGAGACCCCCUCCGAGACCGCCGCCAGCCCCAGUUAACCAGUUCACCCCCGCCGUACCCCCUCCCACCCCCCGUCCCCCGCCACCCUCCACCACAGACUUUGGCUCUAGCUAUAAUAGAAAUUAGCCAGGGACGAUUUUACUGCAUCUGUGCCUGCAGUACCCCCCUACCGCCUCUAGGUGUUGCCGUUUUUCACACUUUCGGUUUUUCAGGAGAACGCCUGGCGACUGCUGUGUGGGGGAGAGGAGUCAGGGAAAUAAAGAGGCACGGGUCAGAGGUCAGGGGUCAGCAUCCGCUUUGUCCUGCCCUCUCUUUCCUGGUUUGUGUUAUAAAUCACAACCAAUAGGACUUUCCAUGUGGAGAUUUCAUUUUGUGAAUCGAUGUUUGGAUAAAGGGAGGUGGCCUCCUUUUAAUAAAGUGGAUUAUUAAAAGGAGGCCAUAAAGAGUUGUCGGAUAAAGUGUUGUGUUGGAGGAAUCUAAAGGAGCAGGAAACAAGUGGAAACGCUGUUACUAUAAUACUUUAGAUCAGAGAACAACUCCAAUGUUCACCUUAACGAGAAGAUGUAACAUUUCAGAUUGAUGUUAUGGAUUAUACAACGUGCUAGUAUUUUUUUCUACACAGAUACAUUUAAAAAGCCAGAAUACUAGGAUCUGUUCUACGAGUGUUGACCUUAAAGAGAUGGCUGAAAUCCUUCUGGUAACUUGAUUAACUUGUUGUUAAAAAUUAAAAUGUGUUAUUUUUAUCCGUCAGACUAAUGGAGGACAAACUUCUGACUCCUUUUCAGGAAAGAUGUUUGCAUUAUACGUUUGUUCGUUAGUCAGUACGAUGUAUAUGGUUUAUGUUACCCUACUCGUGCUAGUUAAUUCCGUCAAGCAUUUAUCCUGUUUACUUACUAUCAUUGUAACGAUGGUAGAGAUUUGUAUUGGUUGUUUUUGUUUGUGUUAUUAUUACGUUUGAGUGACGGCUGGUAAUGGUCGUCACGGUGACAUCGCUCGUUUCUGCAUGUGUCUUGCUGAACGCCGUCCAUCUGCUCCGAUGAGGAAGAUGACGAAGGUGCUGAUGACCAACAGAACGUUUUGCCGUCCAAACUCAUCCUGGACUUGGGGAUCAGCGUUUGGUGAGGAGAAGAUAUUUUGUCGAUGACCCUUCUUUCUGUAAUAUUAUAUUAAUAUAAUAAAAUGUAAUGGGAAAAACUUG